AUGCCUCAAAGCGAGAACCAGCGCAAGUACGACCCAGGCCAAUGUCGGGAUCUGAUUGUCAUUAUCGAGAAGCUCCUUCGACAGGCAGAGGAGUCCAAGUCCUAUCAGGCUCGCCUCGAAUCCCGAAUUGCUGAAGACUCCGCGGCAUACCACGGGUUGCGGAUGCAUUGUAUACAAAUCGAAAGAGUCAUAUCUCAGCUCAAUAAUUCGAGAUCUCAGCAUGAAGCUUCAGUGAAAUGGGCAAAUGACGCAUGCUACGUCAUGGUUCAUGACCUUGCACUAGAAAGGCGCAAAGUUCGAGAUUUAGAGACUCGACUAUCUGGGCUUAAACCCACUUUCGACUGCCUAUUUUCCCAUUUGAGCAAUGGGGACAAUGCCCGUCAAAUUCAGGAACUCCAGGCGGAGAAUGCACAGCAGAAAGACCUGAUAAUCUGCCUUCAGGAGACUUUGAAGCUCAAGGAGCAGAGUUUGCGGGAAUUGAGAGUCCAUUUCGAAGAAGCAUCUAGCGGCUUAUUCCAUUAUGAUCAGACGACCCUGGCGAGGAACAGGCCAUCCACGCCUUCGUCAAUCGACAUAGUGACAGAUGGUCCAACAAUCAAGACAGAAGAUCAGACGCUAUCUUAA